CACAACAGUCCAAAGAGCAUUCUUAUUUAAAUCUAUGAUGUCGUUAUCAAAGUACACAUCAACACGACAGACCACUAACACCGCUAGAAUGGCGAGGCUCAUACUGGGUCCCUGUACAGAUGUGUUACGUGAUAUUCUAAGAAAAGAAAUAUCCCCGACUAAUCUAUCCAAGAAAGUCAAACAAUGGACAGACAAUCUUAAUAACAACAAAUUAAGGAUCCCUCUAUUUCAAUCACAAAUUGACACCAUUUUCCCCUCACCAACGUAUCAGUAUGGAGGAAACUAUUCAGACCUGGAUAUAUCUACUUUGUGCAUCAUUCUUCGAAAUGUCAGUAAAAUACCUCCACAUCUGAAAGGUUGGGGGGAGAUUCCAGACCCCGCCGAUAGAAGUGUUGCCGCGAAUAUCGAACGGAUUCGUCUUCUUCGGAACAAAUACUAUGGUCAUAUUGCCGACAUAGCUCUUUCCGAUUCAAACUUUAAUGAAGAAUGGCGAAACAUCUUGGAUAUCGUUGUUGAAUUAGAGGGACAUCUAGGAACAUCUAUUGUCUACCAGGAAUCUGUGAAAGAAAUCAAAACAUGUUCCAUGGAUCCUGAACUUCAACAUAAAUACAUCAACAUGCUUGGGGCUGUUGAUGAAUUAUAUUCAGCUGUGUCUAAAGUUUCAGAGACGCUGGAUGACGUGAAAAAGAAACUUAGUUUGUGCAUGGAUCCCAGACUUGAAAAAGAAAUAGAAACAACAAUGGAUAUGGUCAAAAAUCAUUAUAAGGAAAUGGAUAAAAUCUUUGUCAAAACCCGGGCAUUUGACAGAGCAAAGGAACUGUUAGAGAAAAACAGACACGUGGUAAUAAAAGGCGUACCCGGAGCCGGUAAAACUACAUUAGCCAAGUGGUUGUUGAAAACUGCCAUGGAUGGGGGGAAACGUCCUCUUCUAGUCUUAAAAAUGUCCAAACUCUACGGGCGAAUUUCACCGUUUGAUAAUUUGGCGAUAUUCAUUGAUAAUGCAUUUGGAGAAUUCUCGUUUUCUAAAAAAGACUUCAAUAAAUUUUUAAAUAUGAAAAACGUCAUAGAAUCUCUUGUGAAACCUUCCAACAGUGGAAUGGGAAAUAUACUUAUUUUGACAGUCAGACACGAUAUUUAUAUGGAAAUUGUCGCUAAGCAGAAAAGUGCUGCAUCACUUUUUUCAUCAGUGACUGAUUUAUCAAGUGGUGAAUAUGCUUUAGAAUCUGAAGAGUUGGUUAUGUUUCUCAACAAUUAUAACCUUCCAGGAAAUAUAAAAGAAGACUUGAAAUUAAGACAGACCGAGUUAUAUUUACCCUUGGGAUUUCCACAAUGUUGUAGACUAGCGCGUGAGAAUCCUGCUUUCGGAAAUGAUCUUUCAAAUUUUCUCCGUAGUCCUUCAAUUUUCCUAAAAGAGUAUUUGGAAACCCUGGUAGCAGAAAGAGCUGUUAAAACAGCAGUGCUGAUAUACAUUCUCUUGAAAGGUGGAAGUGUGGAUUCCUCUCUGUUCUCUGUUCAGAAAGAUUGGAAAAUGAAAUCCAUAGCAUUGAAAAUGCUUGAACUAAGUCCCCCUUUACUUGGUGAAUUCCACGAUAGUGUUAAGGUUUUUGAAGGUUUUUUAACAAUUUACGAUAAAAUAAACGAUUCCUAUUCAUUUUCCCAUAGCUCAGUACAAGAUAUUUUAUUCCAUAUUCUGAUUGUAACUCUUCCCGAGGAAACAAUUCUAAACUGUCAUCCUGUCUUGUUUCAAAGAUUGACAACAGGUGAGCAUCAAAAAUGCACAAACGUAUUGAUUGAUGCAGAAUUGUUUGCUAUCGUUUCUAGUAGGAUUAUUCAAAUUUUGAGAGAUGGCUCUCCCGGUGAAUUUGAAUCCAUUUCAUUGUUAGAUUUAUGGAAUGACAAAGCAUUUUAUGAAUAUGUAUUAGCAGAUCAAGUCCGUAGCGAUAACUUUAAAGAAUGUGUUGAUUCAGAUGGAAACGCAUUACUGGUACAUUUUGGAAAAUCAGGGCAUAUCGGUUGGGUAAAAUAUUUGUUUCAAAAUAAUUGUGAUGAAACACAAAAGUACAGAUGCCUUAAUGCUGCAUGCAGAGAAAAUCAUGUAAAUAUAGUCCAUCCCAUUUUAUCAAUGGGUGUAAGAUGUGAUUUAAACACUUGUUUUAACGUAGUACAAAGUGGGAAUUUAGAGUUAUUAUUGAAAAUAUGUAAGACUGUAGAUUUGAAUCAAACUUGUUUCUCACUUGUUAGGACUAACACUAAUCAUAGUUUAAUCCAGGAGAUUUGUUCAUCAAGGCAAAUUCAUUUAGUACAGCCUUUACUUGAAAGAUACCCAAUGUUGAUAGAUAACAAAUCUACAGAUGGCGACAAUGUAUUGCAUUAUGCAACACAAAUUGGUGAAUUCAAUCUAAGCAGUUACCUGGUAGAUAAUUAUUCACAAUUAAUUGACGUCAAAAACAAUGACGGAUUCACAGCAUUACAUUUUGCAUGUGCUAGUGGAGACGAAAAACUGAUUUCUUUUCUGAUAGAAAAAGGUUUCAAUAUUGAUGCAAUGACAAAUGAUGGGGAAAGUGUCCUUCACAUUGCAUGUUUAUGUGGUAAGUUUGAUGCAUGCAACUUCCUUGUCACUAAUUAUCUUCAAUUAAUUGACGUCAAAGACAAUGACGGGUACACAGUAUUACACUCUGCAUGUCUGAAUGGAGACAGACAAUUGAUUUCUUUUCUGAUAAAAAAAGGUUUGGAUAUCAAUGCACUGACAAAUGAUGGAGAUAGUGCCCUUCAUAUUGCAUGUCGUAAUGAUAAGUAUGAUGCGUGUAAAUUCCUUGUCACUAAUCACCCUCCAUUAAUUAACGUCAAAAACAAUAAAGGGUACACAGUAUUACACUCUGCAUGCGAAAAUGGAGACGGACAAUUGAUUUCUUUUCUGCUAGAAAACGGUAUGGAUAUACAUUCACUGACAAAUGAUGGGGAAAGUGUUCUUCAUAUUGCAUGUUUAUGUGGUAAGUAUGAUGCAUGCAGCUACCUUGUCUCUAAUUACCCACAUUUAAUUGACGUCAAAAACAAUAAAGGGUACACAGUAUUACACACUGCAUGUGUAAAUGGAGACAGACAAUUGAUUUCUUUUCUGCUAGAAAACGGUUUGGAAAUCGGUGCACUGACAAAUAUUGGGGAAAAUGUCCUUCAUAUUACAUGUCGUAAUGGUAAGUAUGAUACAUCCGAAUUCCUUGUCACUAAUUAUCCACAAUUAAUUGACGUUAAAGACAAUGACGGGAACACAGUAUUACACUCUGUAUGUGUAAAUGGAGACAGACAAUUGAUUUCUUUUUUGAUAAAAAAAGGUUUGGAUAUCAAUGCACUGACAAAUGAUGGAGAUAGUGCCCUUCAUAUUGCAUGCUGUAAUGGUAAGUAUGAUGCAUCUGAAUUCCUUGUCACUAAUUAUCCACAAUUAAUUGACGUCAAAGACAAUGACGGGAACACAGUACUACACUCUGCAUGUGUAAAUGGAGACGGACAAUUGAUUUCUUUUCUGAUAAAAAAAGGUUUGGAUAUCAAUGCACUGACAAAUGAUGGAGAUAGUGCCCUUCAUAUUGCAUGUUGUAAUGAUAAUUAUGGUGCAUGUGAAUUCCUUGUCACUAAUCACCCUCGAUUAAUUAACGUCAAAAACAAUAAAGGGUACACAGUAUUACACUCUGCAUGCGAAAAUGGAGACGGACAAUUGAUUUCUUUUCUGCUAGAAAACGGUUUGGAUAUUAAUGCACAGACAAAUGAUGGGGAAAGUGUCCUUUAUAUUGCAUGUUUAUGUGGUAAGUAUGAUGCAUGCAGCUACCUUGUCUCUAAUUACCCACAUUUAAUUGACGUCAAAAACAAUAAAGGGUACACAGUAUUACACACUGCAUGUGUAAAUGGAGACAGACAAUUGAUUUCUUUUCUGCUAGAAAACGGUUUGGAAAUCGGUGCACUGACAAAUAUUGGGGAAAAUGUCCUUCAUAUUACAUGUCGUAAUGGUAAGUAUGAUACAUCCGAAUUCCUUGUCACUAAUUAUCCACAAUUAAUUGACGUCAAAGACAAUGACGGGAACACAGUACUACACUCUGCAUGUGUAAAUGGAGACGGACAAUUGAUUUCUUUUCUGAUAAAAAAAGGUUUGGAUAUCAAUGCACUGACAAAUGAUGGAGAUAGUGCCCUUCAUAUUGCAUGUUGUAAUGAUAAUUAUGGUGCAUGUGAAUUCCUUGUCACUAAUCAUCCUCAAUUAAUUAACGUCAAAAACAAUAAAGGGUACACAGUAUUACACUCUGCAUGUGAAAGUGGAGACAGAAAAUUGAUUUCUUUUUUGAUAGAAAAAGGUUUGGAUAUAAAUGCACAGACAAAUGAUGGGAAAAGUGUCCUGCAUAUUGCAUGUUUUAAUGGCGAUAUUGAUUUAUGUAAAUUAAUUGUACAUAAUAACCCACAGUUACUUCAGUCAAAAGACUAUUCCAGUGUUACUGUGUUACAUGCUGCAGCACGUAGUGGAAAUCUAGAACUAUUUAAGUAUUUUGUUAGUGAAGGUUUGAAUGUAGAUUGUAUGACAAAUGAUGGUAGAUCAGUUGUUGAUUUCACCGAAAGUAGCAAUAUCUGUUUAAAUGAAUAUUUGGAGACACAUUACCCUCUUUUAUUCCGUCGAAAAAAAAGACAGCAAAAUCAGGGCUUUGAUAAAACGAAACGUCUUAAAUUAUAGUCGCUUUAAUCAUUCUAGAUUAUUCUUUGAAAUCGAUUCAAAUUCAUUUCUGUUUUAAUUACAGGUAGACCGUUUAAUCUAUGUUUCUAUAACAUGGAUUGCUAAUAGACAUUAAUUAUUUCAGUUAUCUUUUUAUUUUCAGUAUAUGACAGACUGAACUUUGUGUAAAUAAUUUAUCAAUGAUGUCAUUUCUUUGUUACAAGUUACAAUUCAUUUUCAUGCUAUUCUGCACGAGAUUUUCAUAAUAUAU